AUGAAUAUUAAAGAUCAAUUAAGUAGUUUGGGAUGGUCAAUAAAAAUGGAUUUUUUCGAAAAAAAUAACCAACGAAUUAAUGAUAUUAAAAAUCAAUUACUUAAUAGUGAUUUACGACAAACUGGAGAAAAAUCUUUUCCUGACAUAGCAAAACUUGAUCAAACAACAAAACCAUAUAUUGUACAAUUACAUAAAACUCGUAAUGUAACAGCACCGAAAGAUAAUGAAUCAUCAUCAAGUAGACCACAUCUUUAUCGAUUAAUAAUUACUGAUGGACAUGCUUUUCAAAAUGCACUUAUUUUACCAUCACUUAAAAAUUUUAAUUUAGAUACACCACCUGGUGUUAAAAUUUUAUUAAAACCAAAAACAAAAAUUUUAAAUGGAUUUUAUAUAUUAAAUGAUCAAACAUGUGAAUUACUUGGUGGAACAGUCAAUGAACUUGUUCAUAAAUGGAGAUUAAAUAAAUUAAUGGGUAAACAUGUUCGAACAUUAAUUGGUGAAGGAGCACCACCACCUUGGGUUCCAUUUGGUACUAAACAUGCAUCAGCAAACACAGUUGAUACUUCUAAACGUUCAAUGGAUGUAGCUAAAAUGCAACAAAAUAAUGAAGAAGAUCCAGACUUUGUUCGUCAACGUCGUGCUGCUAUUGAUACUCUUCUUACUGAUCGACUAUCUAAAACACAAAGAUUUGCUACACAAAAUGUUAUCAAUGGUACAAAUUUAGCAAAAGGUUUUGAACAAGCAAAUCAACGCAUGGCAAGUGAAAGACCAAAAACAGCUGCAGCUACUUUUUCUGCAUCAUCAGUUUCUAAUAAACCGAUAAAUACGGCAGCAACAGCUGAAGCAAUUAAAUCUAAUACUCGAUUACCAGAAUGGGCAAAGAAUCAGAUUGCAGAUGAAGCAAUGGAAAAUGAUAAACGACGAGCACCAUCGGAUCGUAAACAAUUUUCUAAAAAUAAUUUUGAUGAUGAUGAUAAUCGAUCAAAACGAGGUGGUGGUGGUAGUUUUGGAGGACGUAAUCGACGAGGUCGAGGACGUGAUGAUGAUGAUGGAGGUGAAGAAACACGUCCAAGUAAAGAUGUUACUCUAUUUGAUUUUCUUGAAGCAAAAUCAAAAUCAACAACACAGAAAGCCCCACCGAAAACUCAAAAAAUUGAUUCAAAACCAAGUCAAUAUAAUGCUUCUGCAUCUAACCAAUCAAAUAUAUCAAGUGCUGUUCAAAAACAAAUCUUUGAAUUUGAAAAUGGUGAUCAAGUCUUAGCUCGAUAUUAUGAAGAUAAUGAAUAUUAUCCCGCUAUUAUAAUGAAUAUUAUGCAUGAUACUCAAAAAUGUACAGUUAUGUUUGACGGUUAUGAUUCUCAACAAAUUGUUAAUUUUGAUGAUAUUGAAUCAUAUGAAGAAGGAUAUUAUGAAGGUGACGAAGGUGAAUAUGAACAAGAACAACAACCACCACCGCCAACAUCAUCACAACGAAAUAAUCCUACUGCUCAAUAUCAACAAGGUCAAUCCGGUGGUUAUGGUUAUUAUAAUCAACAACAAGAUAAUCAAAAUCGAAAUCGACCAAAUUCAAGUCGAGGUUAUCCACAACAACAGUAUUCUAAUAGAUAUAAUAAUAAUAACUAUUAUUAUUAA